UCAUCCGCCUGGAAAGGGGGGGAAGUUUGAUCCUCUUUCUCACGGAACGUGGUCAUCGGGAGUUUUUUUCUCCCUACUCUUUACGCAUAGGACUUUCCCCCGUUUUGGCUUGGUGUGUUUUUAUGUUAGGGCUUUUCGCUAAACGUGGUAAAUCUCGGCGCAGUGUCUGCAGCUUGCGCGCUCCGCUAAACUGGAUUUUAAUUUUCUUUUUCCUACCCGUCUCCUAAGUUUGCUUCAAGCUCAUGACUAUGCUUCUUGAUAGCGGUCCGCAAUUUGCAUCGUUAGGAGUGGGGGGUUUCGGGACACCGCGGCAUCACGAAAUCGGGAACAGAGACCCGGGUCUGGGACUGAAUCCCUUCACCGAUUCCUCCCACUCCGCAGCUUUCAAAAUCAGCCCCGUGGCUCACGAUAUCGCCUCCAGCCAGACAUCAGCUUUCACCCCGCAAGCCACUGGAUAUGCAGCUGCGCUGGGGCACACUCAUGGCGGGCAGGUGGGCUCGUACGGUGGAGGAGCGUUCAAUUCAACACGGGACUUUCUCUUCCGGAACCGGAGUGUUGGAGAGUCCACAGCGCCGAGCGCCCAGCAUGGGAUCUUUGCAGCUUCGGCAGGAAGCCUCCACGGUCCGCCCGGGAUCACCGAUAACCCCGGACAUCUGUUGUUUCCAGGACUUCACGACCAGGGGGUGAGCCACACUUCACCGAGCGGACAUGUAGUUAACAGCCAAAUGCAUCUUGGCUUACGCGGGGACAUUUUCGGAAGACCUGAUCCGUAUCGUCCGGUCGCAAGCCCUCGGACGGACCCCUACGGGGCUCAACUCCACAACUACAGCCACCCUAUCAACAUGAACAUGGGGAUGAAUGUGCCGACACACCACGGUCCGGGGGCCUUCUUUAGAUACAUGAGGCAGCCGAUUAAACAAGAAUUAUCCUGCAAGUGGAUAGACGAGAACCAGAUGAACAGACCCAAAAAGACUUGCGAUAGGACUUUCAGCACCAUGCACGAGAUGGUCACUCAUGUGUCCAUGGAGCACGUCGGCGGCCCCGAGCAGAGCAACCACAUCUGCUACUGGGAGGACUGCCCGAGAGAAGGGAAAUCUUUUAAGGCCAAGUACAAACUCGUCAACCACAUCCGUGUGCACACGGGCGAGAAACCGUUCCCAUGCCCAUUCCCCGGAUGUGGGAAAAUAUUCGCCAGGUCGGAAAAUUUGAAAAUCCACAAAAGAACACAUACAGGUGAGAAGCCGUUUAAGUGUGAAUUUGAUGGCUGUGACAGACGCUUCGCCAACAGCAGCGACAGGAAAAAGCACAUGCAUGUGCACACAUCAGACAAGCCAUACAUCUGCAAAGUGUGCGACAAGUCAUAUACACACCCCAGCUCUCUCAGGAAACACAUGAAGGUACAUGAGUCUCAAGGAUCUGAAUCGUCUCCAGCAGCAAGCUCUGGAUACGAGUCGUCCACACCGCCAGUGCUGGUCUCAGCCAACACAGAAGACCCGACAAAAACACCGCCGUUAGCCGUACAAAACACGUCUGGCCACAGCGAAGGACUGGCACCAAACUUUAAUGAAUGGUACGUUUGAAGUUAAAAGACCAAACCAUCUCUCAAUGUGGACCACAGGGAUGAGGAUACAUGAGGAUAAAAACCUUGAAAACUAUUCCUGCUCACUUUAUACACACACACACACAGACACACACACACACACACACACACACACGUACACAAAUGGGAUUGGGACGACAACAACAACAGGAGAUGAGAGCAAAAGCCAGCACCAAGCAGGCCACGUCCGUUCUCAGGAUCAGAAAUUUGACUUUUAUUCCGCAGAUUUGAGGAAAUCAAAUAAAUCACGGAUAAAUAAACGUAAUACUUUCUCAGUAUAAAUACAUGUUUUUUUAUCUUUUAUUUUACAGAUUUCAGAAAAAAAUUGUUUUAUUUUUCAUUUUAUGUAUUUUCUCAAAUUUUUAUUUAAAAAAAAGAAUAAAAAGGAAGAUUAUUUCACGCUGUUUUAUAUGACGGUGACGCCUAUUGUCGCCUCUUCAAUUGAUUGUUGGAACUUCAAACAGUCUUAAGAAACGUGCCAAAGUCUUUGUCAUGAACUUGAACACAGAAAAAAAUCCUAAAUAAAUAUUAUACUCGUGAAUGUAUUUCCUUGUUUGAUGGGGUCGAAUCUAUUGUCAACGUCCGUUUUCAGGUGGAGAAAUGUGGUAUUAGGUUACGAUUGUUACCGUUGAAUAUAACGUUGCCUUUUGUUAAUACCGUUGUAAAUACAUAUCCAUGAUGCCAUAUUUAUCAAUUUGUAAUUUAAUUAUGGGUAUAAGUUCUGAAACUUAAAUGAUAUUUAUGGAAAUGUUUUCUAACAAGAACUGUACAGUUUUGGUCAUAACCAGCUUAACAUUGAACAAAUGAUAAACUCUAAAGCUCCAACAUCA